UAGAAGAACAUGUAAAUCUGUUCGCGGAAUACAAGAAAAUCGAAAAUAAAAAAAAUAAAAUCUCGGCAAAUGUACACUGCAUUGUUUAUGUUCCCACUACAUAAAACUGAAAUAUAAAAUAAAAAAUACAUAUGAACAUUAGGGCGGAAUUCUUUUUGGUCGGCAAAAUACCACAGCAGUACCCUAUAGACAAUACUCUCCUAUUAAUUGAUCUAAAAUGGUUUUAAUUAUUUUCAUAUAAAUAGAUUAAAUACGCAAUAUAGUCGCGAUUUGAUACAAAAUAAAUAUACUUAUUUUUCUCAUUUUAAAAAAGUAAUAUUUAUAAGAAAUUUAUCGUGUUAGGUGCGGGAACUUUCUAUAUGAUCGCGAAAAAAUAAUAUAUUCCGUAACAUUUGUUCAUGCUCUACAAGGCCUUGCUAUGGUAUUUUUGAUAUUUGCAAAAAUUGCAAAGAGUUAUGACCCUAAUAAAUAUAUUUGAACAUAAUCGUCAGAUUUUAUUACAGAUAUUAAAGGAAUAACAAUUAUUUGCUCAGCAAAUAAAAACAGAUAAAAAUAAAAUAAAAAUAUUCAAUCUGUUAAAAUGAUAAUCUCAAAAGAUCUUUUUAUUUUUGGCGAGCAUAUUUUUGGCACAAUUAUACCAGAAUCAUUGGCAAGUAUAUCUGCGCCAGCGGUUACAACAACAACUACUACAUUUACAUCAACGUCGUCAAUAUCGCCAAUUAAUACUACUUCAUCGAAUUACCAACAUCAUAAUCGUCAUCAUCAUCAGCAGCAUCAGUAUGAUAACAAUCAUCAAUCAAAUUGUUUUGAUUCCAUUGAUCAAAAUGACAAAAUGUUUAAUCAAUUGAGUGGUGACUCAACAAUGAUGUCUGAAGAUGAGGAGUCAACACCAGGUGCAACCAAAACAAGAAAAACCAUUCCGAAACUAACAGAAGAAUUGGAAACAACAAAUGCAACAAACCUGAAACACCAUUAUAUAUCAUCAUCUUCGUCACAAUCAUCAACAUCUUCCUGCUGCCUAUCAUCCGCGAUUUCUACCAUUCAUUCUCAAACUAAUGUCAGCAAAACUUUAAAAAAUUUCGAACCAAACGAGAGGUUGUCUGAAUUUAACUCAUGUUUCCAUUCCAAAGAUAGAAUUAAACCUACGUCAGCGACUGAUGGUGUUUUAAACUCUUUUCAGUCAAAACAACGGCCAGGCACUAUCGAGUCAGAGAGAAUGCAGCAUAUCCAUGGAAAUCGAAAUCAGCACAAAGUAAUAUUGGAUAAAAAUUCAAGGUUAGUAGAAUGAUUUAAAGAACUUUUUUACUUCAGUUUAAGAUUAAUUCAUUUUUAGCAGAAUAAAGAUAAAAAUAGUUUUCUCUUUCUCUUAAAAAAUAAAUUAUUAAGAUAAAAAUGAAAUUUUUGUUUAUAGUUAGCACUGAAUGAAUAGGCAGAAUAUUCUAUCAAAUUGUACUAUGUUUUACAUCCCAAUUGAGUGCUAAAAAAAAUUCCAUCACUGUAUGUAGACGUUGAAAAAUAUACACAAGUUCAAUUUACAUAAUCAAAAAGUAUAACAAAGAGCGAGCAAGUAUGAGGGAGAUUAGUUUUACGAUAUCAUUAAAAAGUUUUUCUUUUUUUUUUGUUUACACAUAAUUCAUUGACACUUUACAAAUUUCUCUAGAAUUUUGAUAAAAAGGUAGACCGCAAAUAUGACCUUGAAUGGAUACAUAUUUAUGCGUGUACUUCGGUACGUUAUACAAAUAGUGAUUUAAAAACAUGUUCGAUUUCUGGUGAGAAUUUAAAUAAAGUUAUGUUUACAAAUAAUUGCAUUCCGAUAACACAGCGAGACAAAAUAAACAUUGUGUGCAUUUCAUCAACAAUCAUAUUUAUGCCCUACACCACUUGAGUGGGGAGGGCAUAUUGGGUUUGUGCUGAUGUUUGUAACGGACAAUAAUAUUGGUCAUAUAGCACCUUAAAGUAUACCAAUUAGAUCGAUUUAUGAUCGGCCCAUUAUUUCACCUAGACCCCAUGCAACUGAACCACCGAAUAGGGGUUGUAAAUCGUGUAAUCAAACUGCAAUUUUAAAGAUAAUUCAAUGAAAUUUGGCACAUGAUCUUCUAUGGUACCGUAGACGAAGCCUAUUGAAAAUGGUUAAUAUCGGCCCAUUAUUUCACC